AUGACGCUCAUGACUCAUAUCCUUCUCGUCGCUCUAGACGAGGUGAAAUACGACGAGGUGAGGGAGAAGCUGUCCAAGAGGGAAAUCCAGCUGUUGGACUGCCGGAACAGACCGGAAAUCGGGAACGCCGGAAUGGUCCCCGGAAGUUGCAACGUCCCCCUUCCCGAGGUGGAAGAAGCCUUCAAGAUGGACUCGGAAUCCUUCGAGAAGAAAUACGGAUGCAGGAAGCCGAAUCCAGAGGAGGAGAACGUGGUGAUGAUGUGCGGAACCGGGCGGAGGGCGAAACUGGCCAUCGACGCGCUCCGACCCCUCGGAUAUCACCGGCUCAAGUGGUACAGUGGGAGUUUCAACGACUGGGUCGCCAAAGGGGGCGACGUGGCCAAAUCCUUAAACCAGGAACAGCCCGAAAGUUCCUCUACCGUCAUUCAUUAAUUUUCAAUUUGUAUAUUCCUGCCUAACGCUGCGAUGUGAUCGACUGACGUGCAAUAUUCAGUGCUAAAAAAUACGACAAUCUUAGAAAGUAUCGGUUUUUCUUCUGGUGUGGCUGACUAGCUUGUAUUUUAAGUUGUUUCACUU